AUGUAUCUGCCACGGUCGCUAAUUUCGAAGCUCUACACCCACCUCCAGACGACAUGCCAUCCGUUAUCACCACCAGUUCUGAUUCUUGUUGCCCUCGAACCUGAUGCUCUGUGUGGCUGUCGCAUCCUCACUCGGCUGCUCAAACAUGACUAUAUACCGCACAAGAUUCAGCCCGUUGCGGGCUACAGCGAUCUCGAAAAGGCAGGCAAAGAACUCGUUACGCCCAUGAUGGAAAGCCAAGGCGGUAGCGGAGGUGUAGUAGUAUGUUUGGGCGUCGGAGGCAUGGUCGAUUUAGGCCCAUUACUUGGUCUUGAGCAAGAUGGCGAAGACGCGCCGUACAGCGGCGUGGAAGUUUGGGUUAUAGACGCACAUCGCCCAUGGAAUCUUGGUAAUGUCUUUGGUGGCUUUCCACUUCAGACUGCUGCUGGAGAAGAAAGUUCGUAUCAGUCCCGGACACCGAUUGGCAUAUCUGGUGGCCAACUUGGUCGUGCAUAUAAAUCAGGCAGAGGUGGCAUCGUGGUUUUUGACGACGGCGACAUUGAAGAGGAGCUGACAAAGGAGCGCGACGCGUAUCUCGCAUUGGUUGAUAUGCCGGAUAUUGACGAUGACCACGACAGACUGGGAGACACAGAUGACGAGGAUGAAGAACAUUAUUCAGAACUCGAACCAUCACGCGCGGGACAAAAGAGAAAGAGUUGGUCAGACGGACACGACGACGAAUCCACAGAUGAUGAGGAUCGUCCCCAUCAACGGCGACGAAGCAACUCGUCCAGUCCAAUUGCCGAUUCGCCGCGACGUCCUACCCAUCGAGGACUGGUCUCUUUGCGAGACCCCGAAGCUGGGUUGUCUAGUGAUCCGAUCGAGCCACCAUCCGCAGCACAAGAACCACCCGCUCCAUCGGCACGAGCAUUGAGAAGGCGGCUGUUACGAUUGCGUCAAGAAAAGGAAUCAGUUCUUCACAAGUACUACCGGAUGGGUUCUUCAUUUGCCGAGCCUAUUUCGUCCAUGAUGUACUCCUUGGCGUCAGAGUUAGGUCGGGAGGACAAUGAUCUCCUUUGGCUGACCAUUGUCGGAGUCACCUCCAUGGAAUUAUAUGGCCGAUCAUCCGCAGGUGUUGCGGCACCUAUUCGCGCCAACGACACAAGCAGACCCUCGGGCUGGAUGGGCGUCAGAGGAGCAAGGCUGCGCCAACUACUCCGGGACGAAGUUCGACGUUUAAAUCCCCCCGAAGUCACCAAUGGUCGAGUAGCGCCGGAAAACACGGGCGUCAUUCCAACAACGGCCAGAAAUCCCGAAGAUACCGGAAUUCGACUGUCUCCUGAGCCCAGGUUCCUCCUUAUCCGACACUGGAGCCUGUAUGAUAGCAUGCUGCACUCGCCGUACCUCUUUUCGCGUCUGAAAACCUGGAGCGAGACGGGUAUUAAGCGACUGCAUAAACUUCUGGCAAAGAUGGGUGUAAGUUUAGCACAAUGUAAGCAGAGCUACACCCAUAUGGACAUGAUGCUGAAGCGUGAGCUGCGAGCCAAACUAUUGAAAUAUGGCUCCCUUUACAACUUGGAUGAAAUGGUGCCGGCAGUGGAUACGGAUGGCAAGGACCGGGCGGGUGCCAAAGACGGCUGGGGGUUUGUAAGAAGCUGGGGGUGGAGGGCAACGCUCAGUGCUCAAGACGUUGGAGUCGUAAUUGGUGCUUUAUUAGAAGUUGGCAAGCAUGGACACACAGCCGAGGCUUCCAUAGCGGCUAGCCAACUUGUCCGCGAGGUCGAGGAGGACGUGGAAUUCGCUGCCCAAGCGGAAGAAUGGGUUGGUCGGUUUUGGGAGGCUUAUGAUGCAUUGGAAGACAUUGACUCGCUAAAAGCUGGUCUUCCAACAGCACAAUUUCUACAUCGCGCCAUAUACCGCACCGGCACUUCGCUCAUCAACAAGAAGCAGAUCAAGCAUCUGCGCGCAUUCCGCAUGUGCGUUGUGAAAGACGGACCGGACGUAGCCUUGUUCACCCAUCCUGCAGCCUUAACGAAACUGUCAUUGUGGAUAGGGGAGGCGCUCGCAGAACAAGAGCGAGAAGCGCAUGGGAAGCUGUCUCAUGGCGGACGAGGUACGCCACUAGUGGUUGCAAGUCUAAAUGAGAAACGCAGUGUCUACAUUGUAGUUGGGACGGGGGGAGGUGGAGGGCCAGACACUACAUUCCUCAAUCGCGAAGCAGCAAAACGGCGACGAGCAGAAAAAGAAACAAAGGCCAAGGAGAAGGAAGCUGCACGGCUGGUGAAAGAAAAGAUUAAGGAGGAAAAGCGCGCGGCCAAACGCGCGGCUGGCCAAGAAGACGAUGAUGAUGAACUGGACACAGAGUCUGAAGCGUCAGAAUCGGAUUCAGACGACGAGUCGGAUGACGGAGACACCGAGCCCGAGAAGGGCUACGGGCUAAACAAAUUCGGCAGUGCUUUCCAGGAAGUAGUGACGGAGACCAACGCCCGGGUGCGCAUCGACAGCUUUGAGCAUUGCGUUGUAGAAGUGAAGAAGGAAGACUUGGGUGGGUUCUUGGAGAGUCUGAGCAUGAAAGCCGUGGUUGGAUAG